AGUAAGGAAAUAAAAAAAUACAUCACGAAGUCAUUCGCAGUGUUGAUUAUGGAAUUAAAGGAAGCAAUGGCAGAAGCGCACAGUAUUGCGGCAUUGUCCGUUUCGUUAACACAUGAUGGUAUAUCGAUAUCGUAUGAUCAAGAAUUACUUAAUGAAAUUAUGCAUUCAUUCUUUCGAGCUUACAAGAAACGGGUUGCACGUUUUAAAAAUAAUUUUUAUAACGGUAUCUUCCCAGCCAAUGCUUAUACGAUGUGUAUAGUUAUAUUUGUUGUAAGCAUUUUAUCAGUUUCUCCCUAUAAUUUUUCAUUUGGUAUAUUAUAUUUACUGCGAUAUUAUAUCUUCAGCUCAUUUUUUGGAGAUGGAAUAUUUUCGCAAGCAUUCUCACUAGUGUUAUAUGGUAUUUUUGUAUGGUUCAUGAUAAUUCAAAUCAUUCGGCUAAGUCUCAAAUGUUUUUUGCUCUAUAAAGGUUGGAUGUAUGAAAAUCCGCAUUUGCAGCCAAUUUCAAAGAUAUCAAAGUUGUGGUUGACUGUCUUACAUUUGCUAUCAAAGGGCGGCCUGAUGUUGCAUUCAUUUCAAGGAGCCUUACCUCAUUUACCGUUACCGCGGCUAAACGAUACUCUUGAUAAGCACCUUUGUACGAUGCGUCCAAUAUGCACAGAUAAAGAAUAUGAAGAACUAGUUCAGCUUACAGAAGAAUUUCGUAUUGGAGUGGGACGGCAUUUGCAGUGGUAUCUGAUUAUUAAAUCCUUCUUUUCGAUCAACUAUGUUUCAGAAUGGUGGGAAGAAUUUGUUUAUUUGCGACAGCGUUCACCGAUAAUGAUUAAUAGUAAUUACUAUGGCCUGGAUUCAAUCAUAGCACAUCCGACACGUAAUCAAGCCGCUCGUGCUGCUACAGUGACUUGGGCGGCGCUUUUGUUUCGCCGAAUGAUAGAACGACAGGAAAUAAAACCGUUUUCGUUCUUGCCGCAGUACAAAAUACCUUUUUGUACCGCGCAAUAUGAGCGAUUGUUCAACAGUUGUCGUGUGCCAUGUUUGGAAAAGGAUAUCUUUUGUCAUUGGAGUGAUGCGAAACAUAUUGCGGUUUAUUGUAAUGGCUGUUGGUACCGUCUUGCCAUUCAUAAUGGGAAAAGAUUAUACGAGCCAUGCGAACUGCAAAAAGGUUUUGAAGCGAUAUUGAAUGAAAAAGUCAGCGUAGAUGCUGAAGAAAGUUGCAUUGCUGCUUUAACAGCCGGUGAUCGAGAUUUAUGGGCGCAAGCACGCAGAAAUCAUUUUGCUUCCGGAAUCAAUCAAUUUUCCUUGCAUACAAUUGAAAAAGCUGCAUUUGUAAUCAUACUAGAUGAGCAGGAAGUUUUCUAUGACUCCAAUGACCCGUCGAAAUUGGAUUAUUGGGCUAGUAGCCUACUUCAUGGUACUGGAUAUGAUCGUUGGUUCGAUAAGUCGUUCAAUCUCAUCAUUUUUAAAAAUGGACGUUUUGGUAUCAAUGCUGAACAUUCGUGGGGUGAUGCAGCAGUGGUGGCUCACUUCAUGGAAUUUUGUACUAUAAAAACACUUUGUGAAUAUAAUUACGAUGAAAAUGGAAGCACAUGUGGGAAAGUUGAAUUAAUUCCGAAAUACGAUCGUUUACGAUGGCAUAUUACUCCUGAAUUGAAUGUCACAAUAAUGAAGUGUUUGCAAACAACACGUGCAUUAAUUGAUGAUGUAGAAGUAGCUGUACUGGUUUGGACUAAAUAUGGUAAAGGCCUGAUAAAAAAGCUCCACGUAUCACCAGAUGGCUUUCUUCAGAUGGUUUUACAAUUGGCCUUCUACCGUAAUCAAGGGAAGUUUGCGUUGACUUAUGAAGCAACAACGGCACGUUUAUUCCGAGAAGGAAGAACAGAAACUGUUAGAUCGUGUUCCUCAUAUAGCUGUGACUUUGUGCACGCUAUGCUUGAUCCAAAUCAAACUCAUCAAGAGAGAUUGAGAUUGCUUCAUGCUGCGUGCAGAUAUCAUCAAACAAUGUAUCGUGAUGCGAUGUGUGGCAAAGGAAUUGAUCGACAUCUUUUUGCUCUGUACAUUGUUAUGCGCUACUUAAAAUUUCAAUCACCAUUCUUGGAAAGAAUAUUCCCGCCUACCUUUUUGCUUUCUACCAGUCAAACACCAAUCAGUCAAUGUGGAGAAGAAUUAAAAUACGUCAAUGUGGACCCUCAUGAAUUUGCCACUGCUGGUGGUGGUUUUGGACCAGUAGCUGAUAAUGGUUAUGGCGUUUCCUAUAUUAUUGUUGGCGACGACAUACUUUCUUUCCAUAUUUCAUCGAAACGUUCAGCGGAUAAUACGAGUUCAGCAAGAUUACGAGAUGAUAUCGCCAAAAGUCUUGAGGAUAUGAGCUUGCUUUUACAAUGAUAACAAAUCACCAAAAUCUUCAGAAUGGUCCAAUCAUUCAUUCAGCAACUGAUCGGAUAUAUGUGAUAGUAAAUGAUAAUAAAUCAGAGAUUUUCUUAAGCUAUUUUUUAUGUUAUGUUAGCUUCCAAGCUGUCUUUAAUGUACACAUACCAUAUCAUGCGAGAAUUUUGUAUAGUUAAUUAAGACUUGCUCAAUCUCACUUUUUUCUGACCUUCAACGAUAUUAUGUUUAAUUCAUCCAUAUACAUUUACAUAUAUAAUUUUGUUCCUAUCAUUAAAUAUACAUUCUCCAACACAGCGUAUAUCACUGGAUAGGUUUUUGAAUCAUUAGUCUACAUGUAAUAUUAAUAUAAGGAAAGAAUAGAUCAAACAUAUAAGUUGAUCAUGGAUAAUUGAGUUUAUGUUUUGCAUUAUUACAGCUCUGAGGGGAUCGAGCUGUCAG